GCCACGUCACCCAGUGCUGGCUUUGGGAUUGCUGAGCAGACUUAGUCUGGGUCCUUCUUGGGGAUAAAACCCAACUUUGGGAGAUCAGCCUGGAGGGGGGAGAGCUGGCACUGCAGGCAGAGAAAACCCUCGGGGGCAAACUGGUUCUGGUGGAGAAAAAAAUCUACCUUGAGGUAAAUUUAAAGCAAGGGAGGAAGUUCACCCUGGAAGGGAAAGUCGUGCAGGGAGAACGGGUAUUUUUUAAUGGAGGGAGUCUGAAUUUUCCUCCGCCAGAAGAAAGGACUCCAUACACAGAUUAAAAAGAAAGUUCACUUGGAAGAGAGCAGCUACUUGAUCAAGGCUAGGGGAAAAACUCACUGCCGAGUUUUACUCAGUAGCAACCUUUUGGGGAAGCCCUGGAGGCUGCCCUACUCCCGUCCACCUGUGCCAACACCCUGCUUGCUUUGCCUCUGAGGAGCCCACGUAGCAAUGAACGUCUUCCGGAUCCUGGGAGAUGUCUCCCACUUGCUGGCUAUUAUCAUCCUGCUGCUUAAGAUCCAGAAGUCUAAGUCCUGCGCCGGUAUCUCUGGGAAAAGUCAGAUUCUUUUUGCCCUUGUCUUCACAACCCGCUAUCUGGACCUGUUCACAACCUUCAUAUCUCUCUAUAACACCGUGAUGAAGGUCAUUUUCUUGAUAUGUGCCUACAUCACUGUGUACAUGAUCUACGUGAAAUUCCGGAAAACAUUUGACAGUGAGAAUGACUCCUUUCGCCUUGAAUUCCUCUUGGUCCCUGUCACAGGCUUGUCGUUUCUGGAGAAUCACAGCUUUACACCUUUGGAGAUACUCUGGACCUUCUCCAUCUACCUGGAGUCAGUGGCUAUCCUUCCUCAGCUCUUUAUGAUCAGUAAGACGGGAGAAGCGGAGACCAUCACAACACACUACCUUUUCUUCCUGGGCCUCUACCGUGCUCUCUACAUUGCCAACUGGAUCUGGCGCUACCACACAGAGAAAUUCUAUGACCAGAUUGCAGUGGUUUCUGGGGUGGUACAAACCAUCUUCUACUGUGAUUUCUUCUAUCUCUACGUUACCAAAGUCCUAAAAGGAAAAAAGCUAAGUCUUCCAAUGCCUGUUUGAAGAUGUUUCCACAAAUACAAGAAACUCCUGAAGAUGAAGCUCUGAGAUCACAGCUUUCCUUUCCUGCCCCUUGUUGACCAAAUGAAUGGCUCAGCUGAGUUUCAGUUCCCUGCCCGGAAGACAAUGAGGCUUGGAAAGCUGGUAUGCUUUUGACCUGUAUGGCACUUUGCCUCAGUUUCCCAUCCCUUUUUUUCCUUACUUGAAUCUGGUGCUAGUAAAUAGUGCUGGCCAAUACUGCAGUAGCGCAAACUAUUAUCUCCCUCUCCCUCUGCAGCACCCACCUCCAAAACACGCCCCUACCUUGGCCCUGAGGCAUCACAAGGAGUAGAAGGGAAGUUGUCACUAUCCAUUUAGUCCUUCAGUCUUAAAAACUGCCUAUGGUAAAGAGAACAUGGUAUUAUCGAGUUUGCUAAUAUAUAAAGGCCACUAACGAUGUGGUAGACACUACAAACUAUUACCGUACCCGUCUAUGAACUAGUAUCCAGCUGCAACUUAACUCUGUCUUAUCCCCAUUCCAUUCAUGUCCCUUAACAUUCAGGAAAAAUACAUUCCCUUCAAAUGACAAGAAUCUUCCAAUUCUACAGAUUCUCAAAAAUCUCAUCACUUGUUUUCUUUCAGUGAUGGUUCCUUCCUAAUGUUCUACUGAUGUGGAACAUUUUUAUUAACAUUCAGUAUGUUGCCAAUAGACGUUUCCAACUUCUUCAACUUGAUUUUUUUUAUAAGAACUGGGAAAAAUGGGGUGAAGACUAUUUUACGCUCCAAAAAAUAAAGACAAAGUUCACAAUGUAUUGACAACAGUGUUUUUAUUUAUACCUACAAAAGAAAACAAGAUGGUAUCAAAAGGACAAUUUACAAACUAAGAAUAGUAACAUAGCUCUUAGUAUCCUGUGUCUGAACACCACAGAUCUAUCAAUCGCUCAAUUCAAGUCUUCAUUAAUACAACAGGAAUGUGUUCAGAGACCAGCAAAUGUGUGAAACAAAAUGCUGAUCCCACACAAAGCCACUAACCUUUCCAUUGUUCAGAGAAGUCCAAACAAUAAAUUGCUUCAGGAAGUGGGAGGGGAGGAGACACCCAACUCAUCUGACACUCCCACAAACUUUCACAGAUUGAAAACAAUGCAAACAAUACUAGACGCUAAUGCUUUAUCCACAAGGGCCCUUCAGCUGGUAUAUGGAACAGAGCAGCGAGCACCAGGUGGGACAGGGGCAGCACAUGCCAUGGUGCACUGAUGCAUUCCAUCCAGUUAACACUGAACUGGACAUGAGACCCUGGACUUCAGCUGACCUCAAGUUACAAUAAAGCACUGCAAGACUUGGCAUAUAGGCUUACAUGUGCGCAAGUCCCCCCUAAAAGAAGUGAAAGCUGUAGCAGACUAUAAGGCAGCUUUGGUGGUCCAGAGACCCCUUCUAAAACCAGUCAGCAAGAUGUCCCACUCCUACAUCCCUCAAACGCAUUUCUGCAUUAAACUUGCAAAUAAAAUAAAAUAAAAAGAUAGCUCCACACUUGCUUGUGAGGGAGGCCAAAGACACAUCAGUCGGUGCCUGGAUAAAAGAAGUGUUUCUGGCUUUCACUUAACACAAGCAAAUAAACUUCCUGCCCAAGCCCUUAGAAUUUGAAGAUGGGAUGAAGGAAGCAAGGUUCUGGAAGAUCUCUCCCUUUUUUCCGUCUGAUGCUGUCAAUAACCUACCUGUGUCUCAUACAAAUGCAUUCAUCCCCCAAAAUCAUACUCUGGCAAGAAAUUAAAAAUAAAAAACCCUCUGCAUAAGCAAGCUCUUUUCCUGGGCUAUAAGAAGUUCCACUCUGCUACAGAAGGAGUGGGCUGCCUCGUUCAACCAUAUGCAAGAAUA